AGGCAGCGCAGCACAUGACGGCGUGUUGUACACUUGCCCAUGUUAAAACGAAGAAAAGCGCGCUCCCGAACCCUUCCACCGACCUGACACAAACCCUUACCGCGCCGUCCCCGGGCCCUCACCUUCGUCCCCCGCCUCUGCCCCGGGGCUUCUCGCCAUCUUUCACGCCGAUACCCUUAGAUGGCCGAUUAUUCGGCCUACCAGAGGGGAGCCGGCCAGACCUUUUACCCACAACACGCGCAAAACAACCUCCACCGCAACCUCCCCAGCCGUGUACGGUCGCCGACAACUAGCGGCCGGAUACCCUUCAACCCCGACACACCCUCUCCCUCGCGAUCGCCCGGACCGCAGUCGCCGCAGCAGUUCAGCAUGUUCAACCAGGGCCAUGGACAACAGGGCCACAAUGUCAUGAUGAAUGGCGGGACGGGCCAUCAGCGAUACAUGCACAUGAACCUGGGCAAGCCUUUCCAACACAAUCAGAAUCAUCAGCAUCAUGCGCACGGCCACCAGCAGCAUCAGGAGCAUUCUGGGAACACGCACGGUGGACAGUACAACCACCAACACAAUGUCUCGAGCGGGGGAAUUACAAAUGUGCAACCUCACUUUGCGCCUAGUCACCUUCAGAACGGCACACCGGGAAGUGUACACAGUGGGCUGAGCAAGCCGCCGAAUGAGCACUGGGCAGAGCAGUUGCAGCUGGCACAACGGGCGCGUGAGAUGACCCAAUCACACUCUCAUGCUAGGAAUCAUCCGAGUGUGAACAAGAACGUCGUGGCUGGCACAAGCAAUGGCAUACAGAAAGAGCCGGAGAAGGAGGAGAGGAACAGGCCUGGCAUGCAGGCAACCCAGGACGCCAAAGAGCACCACGUAUGGACUAUCCUCGACUUUGGGGGCCAAAAUCUGAAGGUCAUUACACCCACCUUGUUCCAGUAUACCUUCUUGACGAAGCUCUACCUCAAUUGCAACAAGCUCCAAGUCCUUCCGCGUGGAAUUGGCCUAUUGAGAUGUCUCACGCACCUCGAUAUCUCGCUCAACGAAUUGCGGUAUUUGCCCCCAGAAAUCGGCAUGCUCGUGCACCUAAAGCAGCUCCUCCUCUUCGACAACCACCUUGACAACCUGCCAUACGAGCUUGGGUCGUUAUACCAGUUAGAAAUGCUUGGUAUCGAAGGCAAUCCACUUCCCGACGAUCUUAAGUCAAUCAUUGUAGAGCACGGAACCACGGAACUCAUCAAACAUUUCCGCGAAAACGCUCCAGGCCCGGACCCGCCGCCUGAGCGAGACUGGAUUGUUCUUGAUGAGAUAUCGGAUCCUACGCAAGAGACUGUGACGGCUCUCAGCUACAAUAUCUUGUGCGACAAAUACUGCACUCAAUCGCAAUACGGAUAUACACCAAGUGGAGCAUUAGCCUGGGAACACCGAAGAGAGACAAUUCUUGCAGAGCUGCGGGAACGAGAUGCUGAUAUCUUAUGUCUGCAGGAGAUCGAUCAGGAUAGCUUCAAUGACUACUUCCGCGCAGCUCUCGCCCACAAUGACUACAAGGGCGUCUUCUGGCCGAAAUCUAGGGCGAGGACCAUGGCAGAGAAGGAAGCUAAGCUUGUCGAUGGGUGCGCAAUCUUCUACAAGAACAGCAAGUACGUUUUGCUGGACAAGCAACUCAUCGACUUUGCGAACACUGCCAUCAACCGGCCGGACAUGAAGGGUGAGCAUGACAUCUUCAAUCGUGUUAUGCCCCGGGACGAUAUUGCCGUCAUUGCCUUCUUAGAGAAUCGCGCAACAGGAUCGAGGUUGAUUGUCGGAAACGUACACGUCUUCUGGAACCCCGCAUUCACGGACGUGAAGCUCGUACAAGUGGCCAUUCUCAUGGAGUCGAUCACCAAGUUCGCCAAUAAAUGGGCCAAGAUGCCUGCUUGUACCGAUAAGGUAGUCUAUCGUUUCACGAAUGGCGACAGUGAAGACGAGAACCCCACACCGGAUGCGACCCAGGAACCAGGUCCGUCGAUGGAAUACGCAGACGGUGCCCAGAUCCCUCUCCUGCUUUGCGGUGACUUCAACUCGCUCCCUCAUUCCGGCAUCUACGACCUGAUCGUGCAGGGCAAUCUCUCGAAUUCGCACGAAGAUCUAGGAAGUCGAAAGUACGGUAACUUCACAAGAGAUGGAAUCUCGCAUCCUUUCAGCCUCAAGUCUAGCUACUCGGCGAUCGGAGAACUGUCAUUCACCAACUAUGUACCGCACUUCCAAGGCGUGCUGGACUAUAUCUGGUACUCGACAAACACGCUGCAGGUCGUUGGACUGCUCGGAGAUAUUGACAAAGGCUAUCUCGAGCGUGUGCCCGGAUUCCCCAACUAUCACUUCCCUAGCGAUCACAUCGCGUUGUACGCUCAGUACCUAGUCAAGAGCCGGAAGGAGAAGAAGGUAGUUGAGCCGGAUUUCGGACAAGGCCGGGACCGGGAUCGUCGGUCGUAAUCACGACGCCGAAAGCAAAGCCCCUCAGACGUCCUCAGCGACCUUUCCAGUUAUCCUUCUCUCGAUGCUCGCUUGGAACUUGUCAAUAGGCGCGUUUGUGGGAGUUUACGUCGUGUUUGGCGUCAUUU